AUGAAAUUUUUUCUGGUGCUAACAAUUUUCUUCGCUAUUGUGUUGUCUAUAAAUGCGCAAUGGGGCUACGGACCAUGGUAUAAUUCCUACUUCGACCGCGAUUAUGACGACUAUGGUUUCUACGGUCCUCGUUUCCAUUAUGGCUAUAGACCUUUUGGUUAUAACCCUUACGGCUAUGGAUUUUACGGCUCUCAAAACCCUUUUAGGGGUGCGAUACAUGGAGCCUUAACCGGAGCUUUGCUUGGUGCUUUGAACGGAUGA